CUGUCGUCACGUAAAGAUGUUGUGUUGUGCUGUGAUGUUGUGAAAGGCUGAAGCCGAUCAAUGUCCAUGGAUUCUUCUGAAAAAGUUUGUACAAACGGUGCGCUAGCGCCGUUGGUGUGUCCACUAGCGAUGUUUAUUCUUCCAAGCCCCUCGAAGUGUUAAGUGUUUUCUGCUAACAGUACUCCAAACGUGAAGUACUACAACAGUAGACGAUUCAAUUUCUCAGCUUGAUAAACUUCCAUAAAUGGACCCAUGGCGUUCUGUAACCGCACGCUUGCUAUCAAGGCGGCGUUGGGAGCUGGUUUCUUACUCAUUCUUUUGAAUCUGUUAAAUUCGAAAUUGGACUCAUCGACGGCUCCGAGCAGCGGGACGCGAUUCGGUUCAACGCAUUGGCCAAAGAGAACACAUGGUAGUGGUGAGAAGCACACUGCAGACAGACAGGAUAAGGUGGCCGAAAAUGUAAACUCAACAUCACAACAUAAUUACCAUUCCAAUCAGAAUCGGUCACUAGGAACUGAUGAGACAGUGUUACAAACGCACAAUAACACGUUUGGUGUUACGAACAGUACACCGGAGUCCCUCGAGUCACAUGCAAACCUCACACGAAAAAUUGCAAUGAGCUCUAUUAAUGGCCCGGUUUUGGCUGCCCUAAACUCGUCUUCAAAUAAGAUACACAAUAAUUCCGCAUACUCCAUCUCCUCGAGCAGUAGAAUAGCUAAUCAUAGCGACAAAAGUAGUAUUAAUAGUAACAAAUUAUUGAAACCUAAGUUCCAACAUUUUAUGGUGGAAAAAAGCAAUGUAACUCUAGAAAAUGUGGCCGCGUCAUCUACAGUUCUUCCCAUUCGGGAAAAUACUUUGCACUCCGAUGCACAAACUGAUGACGGGAUGCUGACGUUGGUAGAUAAGUUUACCAUUAACAGUUGUCCACCUAUUCCACCAAAUCUCGAUGGGCCAAUCGAAGUGGACGUAACAUACGAAUCAAUUAACGUGGUAGAAAGCCGAUAUAGUGGAAGGCUGCAACCGGGUGGACAGUAUGCGCCAACGGACUGUGCAGCGCGAAACCGUGUUGCAAUCAUUGUACCGUACCGCGAUCGCGAGCAACACCUUCCAAUCUUCCUUAAAAAUAUACAUCCGUUCCUGAUGAAGCAGCAGCUCGAAUAUGGCAUUUACAUCGUGGAGCAAACAACCGGUUCCUCCUUUAAUAGGGCUGCACUGAUGAACAUUGGUUUCGCAGAAUCAAUGAAGCAGAAGAACUGGGAGUGCAUGGUGUUCCAUGAUAUCGAUCUAUUGCCGAUGGAUGACAGGAAUCUCUACACAUGUCCUGAUCAACCACGUCACAUGUCCGUGGCGGUGGAUACGUUUGGUUUUAAGCUGCCCUAUAGUACUAUCUUUGGCGGAGUGUCCGCAAUGACAGAGAAACAAUUCCGCAUGGUGAAUGGCUUUUCCAACUCGUUUUGGGGCUGGGGCGGUGAAGAUGACGACAUGUCGAACAGGUUGAAACACGUUGGCUUCCACAUUGCACGUUAUCCUGUAAACAUAGCUCGCUACACGAUGCUCAGUCAUAAAAAGGAAAAAGCGAAUCCAAAACGGUAUGAAAAAUUAGUCAACGGUGCGAAGCAUUUCGACAGCGAUGGACUGAACUCGAUGAACUAUCAAUUGGUGAAUCUAAUCAAGAAACCUCUUUACACGUGGGUUCACGUGGAAAUUUCACCCGAUAGCAGCUGAUGAUUGUCGUUUCUAGCAGAUUGGCUAGGAUAAAUUGAAACUAAAUGAAAAACAAUUCAAAACUCCAGUCAUACUUUGUUUGAUCAUCAUAGCCUGAUAGUGCUCUUUUCACAAGGGAAGGGAACGACACGAAGCGUGAACAAUAUGAGUCCUACCUGCCUGGAUUCGCAUUCGGGUCUUCCACAGAUGAAAUGGACGGAGAUCGCCAAUUUAUACGAAUAGCUAACUAAUCUCAUUUAAACCACCAGUUUAAAUGAAGCACGCUACACGCAGAAUUGCAGCAUUUCAUCCAGUUUUUAGUCAUUUUCAAUUGCACGUGAAUAUUUUCGUAUUGACUAUUGGCAGUUGCUGUGUUCAUGAAAAAUGUCAGGUUUAUUUAUAAGAUAGUCUGCAUACAAUUAUACAGACUCAUAGUAAUACUAUCUGCAGAUCUAGAUGAAAAUCUCUCACAAAAUUACGGACCGAAAGUUAAGUGAUGUUCAAGUUACGUAAGAAACUUUUCGCCACAUUUUUAUUUAUCCUCAAUCAGAAAUGUGAUAACCACCAUCAAAGUGAGAGUGUACGAGAAAAAGUUAUUAUUAAACAAUGACCAAUUGGGCGCCGUUAGUAAGAUGGGUUUUGUGUAUAGUUAAACAGUUCCAGUGGUUUCAUUAAAAUUUUGAAAGCUAAGGUUUAGAUGUAAGUUUUUUUAUAUCUUCCGCUCCUUCUUUGGUAGUAUCUGGUCGAUCAAACAUUUAGUCAAUUCUUAAUCAUCGUGCAUCAUUAUUAUUUCAAACGGUUUUUGUUGGCAGGAUGAAAUGUUUUUUCCCAUUUCAUUUCUACUUCUGCCACAAAGCUUGAAUCGCAUGACAAUGAAAUAUGCUUUAUGAUUUUCCAAUUCAACAACAAGGCGCCAAAGUGAUUGAUGAACAAAGCUGAGGGCGCUGAAACAGAGCGACGAUGCAAUGACGACGAAUUUUUUAUAAUGGUGAAUCUUGUUAGAAUUUAUAAUGAAAAACAAACGUACGCACAACAAUAAAUUGAAAUGGAGCUUUAAUUAGAGUGCACUCGGAUUGAGGAUUUUAGGGCUAACAGUUUUACGGUGCUGAGUUCGACAGUCAAAUAUGCGCAAAGCAGCAAAAUAAGUAGCGUAUAUUAUGUUUUCCGUUCCGUCCGGACAAAAUGAAUUGAACUUAAAAGUUUACGAAAGCAACACAUGUGAAUCUCUGUUCUAAAGCACGGGCAUAUUUCGAAGAUAUUGCGUCCGUAAAAAGUUUGUAGUUGAUAAUCGUUUGUAGUUUGAUGGUUUUACUCUCCUCCACAAAAAUACACAUCAAAAGCUCUUUCCUCGAAUGUUGCUAAUCGUUCGGCAUAGUUACUUAUGUGUAGUAUACAUUUUUUAAUUUAUAGCAAAAGCGAUAGGAGUUCAGAGUUAUUACUGUAGAAGGAAUUAUUACAAUUCAACUAUCUUCUACAAUAUACAAAAGUAUUAUUGAUUCUCUCGAAAAAUAUGCUAAAAAAUGGUAUAAAAUAUGGUAAUCUUGUUAAUCAUUUGAAUCACGAACUUUUGGUUCAACUUAAUGUGUUGAUCUUUUCUGAAUCCGUUUUCUUUGUUGAUCGAUGGCCAAGCCAUGUUUUUACUGUUGGGAAUGGGCAAACUGUGCAUCGAUAAAACCUUUUAUUUUUAAAUAGAAUCUUGCUUCAUUCUUGCAUGUUGCAUAGAUUUUGUCUGUGUCAAGAACGAAGUACAAUGUUUUAUCUUGAAUUCAAAGCGUUUUAUUCGAAAUUGAGCUAACACACUGCGCGUUAGAUGUCUUAUUGAAAUUACCAACAAGGUUUAUCAAACAAAUUAUCAAUAACAAUAAGAAAUAGAAAACGUUCUAACAAUCCUCUUUGCGAAAUGCGCCAGUACUUCAAAGGUAUUAAACAAUAAAGUAAACAAUAACAGUUUAAUGAUUAACAGUUUUAUAACAUUUUUCCGUUGUAUCACAAUAUGAAUUCGCCUGUUUUAUGAUGC